UACAGAUAACGACGCACGUGCGUCGUGAUUGGACGCGACAGGCUGCGACAGGACGCGGCGGGGCGGUGGCCAAGGGCGGGAAAACAGUUUUCAAGAGGGUACGGAGCAAAAACGCAGAUGGCGGGGAAGCCGUGGCGUCGGUCAAGGACAGAUCUGGCCGCGCCGGAGGGUGGCCGACGCGGAGAAGAGGCCGGCCGAGUGCUGCUUGACGAGGGCGCACUUGAUUCUGCAUGGGCGUCUUUGAAAAGUGUGGCCACCUUGGCACGCGACCGCAUCCUCCCUCAAGCUCAAGCUCUUCGUCGCAGCGGCUCUCGUUAUCUGCCUCCAGUCGCCUCCGCGCUCCUUCCCCCCCUUCCUUCCACCCGCCACCAUGAUCCCCUCUCGCGCGCUCUCCGACGAAAAGAAGGAUGCUCAGGCCGACACCCGUUCGAUCGGGGACAGCAGUGACGACUCCGGCGAUGACAACAAGCUGCUCGAAAUAGGCUAUGUUCCUUCGUUCAAGCGCGAGUUCUCCAACAUCGCGACGAUCAGCUUCGCGUUCAGCAUCAUGGGUCUCUGCUCAAGUGUUGCGACGACCUUCAACUCGCCACUGCUUCUGGGAGGGCCUUCGUCCGUUACCUGGUGCUGGAUCCUCGGCGCAACGAUGUGCUUCACACUCGGUGCUAGUAUCGCGGAAAUUGUUAGCGCGUUCCCGACCUGUGGUGGCCUAUACACUGCAUCCGCGCAACUCGUCCCGAAACGGCAGCGUCCUAUCGUAGGAUGGGUCGUCGGCUGGCUGAACAUCCUCGGACAAAUCCUCGGAUUGUCUUCUACCGAGUUUGGUCUUGCGAACAUGAUAUGGGCUGCGGUGGUUGUCGGCAAGGGCGACGAUUUCGUGAUUACUCCCGGUAAGAAAGUCGGCCUCUUCGUUGGCAUGCUCAUUGUCCAUGGCAUCUUGAACUGUCUUGCGACACGCCAACUCGCACGCCUCACUACCGGUUUCGUGUUCGUCAACCUGGGUGCCACGUUCGUCAUCAUCAUCGUUCUUUUGGCGACGACGCCUCGGAGCGAAAUGCACAGUGCGGCAUAUGUCUUUGGAACUCAGGGUGUUGUCAAUCAGACAGGAGGCUGGAAUGACGGCAUCGCGUUCCUUUUCGGCCUGCUCAGUGUUCAGUGGACGAUGACGGACUACGAUGCGACGGCCCAUAUCUCCGAGGAAGUGAAGCGCGCCGCAUACGCUGCUCCUUCUGCCAUCUUCAUUGCCGUUAUCGGCACCGGUCUCAUCGGAUGGCUACUCAACAUCGUCAUGGUCCUUUGCUCGGGCCCUCUCGAGAACCUCCCCGGACCCUCUGGCUCGGCGUUCCUCGAGAUUAUGACAUUGCGCAUGGGCAAGCCUGGCGCGCUUUUCGUAUGGGCCUUCGUAUGCUUGACGGCGUUCUUCGUCUGCCAGACCGCGCUCCAGGCUGCGUCCCGCACAGUGUAUGCCUUCAGCCGUGACAAGGGUCUCCCGGAUAAGGGUUACUUCGGCUACAUCAGCACCUGGACGCAGACGCCCCUGCGCGCGAUCUGGUUUGUGACGCUCAUCGGCAUCCUCCCCGGGCUGCUCGAGCUCGUAAGCGACAUCGCGCUCAACGCCAUCUUUGCGAUGACCGCCAUGGCGCUUGACCUGUCGUACAUCAUCCCAAUUUUCUGCCGGAGAUGGUACAGGAACCACCCCGAGGUCAAAUUUGUGCCCGGGCCAUUCUACAUGGGCGACGGUUUCCUCGGGUGGGCCGCGAACGUGAACUGCAUAUUGUGGACGCUUUUCGUCUGCGUUAUCUUCGCGCUCCCCACCGUCUUGCCCGUGACUGCCGAGACGAUGAAUUAUGCUGCCCCCAUCACCGGCGGUGUCAUCCUGCUCUCUCUUGUCUGGUACGCUGUCGGCGGCCACAGGCACUACAAGGGACCUGCUUCGAACAGGCCCGAUCUCGUGACCAAGUCCGCUCCCGCAGAGGAUGCGCUCGACACGCCGCACGAUGAGGAGAAGGCCCAGGUGCAGACUCAGGUCGUGUAAACACCCUCUUACGCUUCAACAGCUCCCUCACGCCCCCCCCCCCAAACGUAUACCCACGCGUCGCCCGAUCGCGCCGUGCGCCCCCGCUCUCCCGUCUUCCCCAUCACUUCCUCUACGUCCGCUGCUAUUGGUUCCGCUCUGUUUGCUGCGGCUUCCAGGGCGUGAGGAAACAGGCAGACGGGGCCCACGCCGCUGCUCCUCUCAUCAGGACCC